AUGGCUUCUCUUAUGUCACCACUUCGCAUCGGCAAUCUCGAGCUCAAGCAUCGAGUGAUUUUGGCCCCGUUGACACGGAAUCGUGCCGAUGACCAGCAUGUGCCCCUUGACCUGAUGCGCGAGUAUUAUGCACAGCGAGCAUCAGUCCCAGGCACCCUGUUGAUCUCCGAGGGAACGUUCAUUUCUGCACGAGCAGGUGGUACCAAUAAUGUUCCAGGAAUUUGGAGCGACGCACAAAUCAAACAAUGGAAGACCAUCACCGACGCGGUGCAUGAGCGCGGCAGUUAUAUCUACUGUCAAUUAUGGGCACUUGGUCGUGCUGCAAACCCAGAAAUCCUCAGCAAGACCAAUGACCAUGUUAUCUCCAGUGGAAACAUUCCUCUGACGGGGUCAAGCCCUGUUCCAAAGCCCCUCGAUGAGGAUGAGAUCUUUGAUUGGAUUCAUGACUAUGCCCGCGCCGCGAAGAACGCGAUCACUGCCGGGUUUGAUGGUGUCGAGAUUCACGGGGCAAAUGGUUACCUCGCCGACCAGUUCUUGCAGGAUACUGCGAACAACCGGUCCGAUCGCUGGGGUGGUAGCGUGGAGAAUCGAUCUCGGUUUGGCCUGGAAGUGGCCAAGGCUGUUUCGGAAGCGGUUGGUGCUGAAAAGACCGGAUACCGUGUUAGUCCAUGGAGCACAUUCCAAGACAUGCGCAUGGAGAAUUUCCAAGCGCAAUUCACGAAUCUCAUUCAUGGGCUUGGCAAAUUGAAGUUGGCGUACCUGCACUUCGUCGAGCCACGGAUCUCUGGGAGCCAAACGGUGGAGGAUUCAGUUGAACAGGACGAUCAGUUCAUAUUUGAUGCAUUUGGAAAUUCUGGCGCGAUCAUUAUGGCAGGCGGCUUCACGGCAGAGUCAGCGACUGAGAAGCUUCGAUCUCAUCCUACGAGAGACAUUGCUUUCGCUUUCGGACGCCAUUUCCUGGCAAAUCCAGAUCUGCCAUUCCGGGUCGCCAAUCAAAUCCCGUUCAACAAAUAUGAGAGAGCGACCUUUUACACGCCAAAAUCACCCGUCGGCUACGUCGACUACCCUUUUAGUGCCCAAUUCGCGGCAAAGGCAUAG